GAGCCGGAGACCGCGCCGGCAACGGGUAUGUGGCGACUGGAUGCGACGACUUCGUCUGCCUGCACGGCAAGUGAAUGGACCCGAUCAACGAAGCCCUACUUGGGCCUACCACUUAGGGCACCGCCACCCCAAACAAAAUUUUCUGAUGAUCAGCUGUGGCCCCAAUUUGUUUGGGAAAAUCUCACCAACUCGCCCACUCAGACAACCUUCAACGACGCUGUGCCCACUGUUGCCUAUGCGGGAAAGCACUCAUCGCCCGUUGCGCCUGUCAUGCCAAACACCAGGCCAAGUUCAAAAGAUAUGCUGAGGCAGGCUGGAGCACCAGAAGCCUCUACGAAGUUGGCUGAAGAAAGCCGGCAUCUCAAUAUGCCGAAACUCAAGUUCCUCGUCGUCGGUCUCUCGAUAACCGCGUUCAUCUGCGUCCUUGGUUUCAUCUGCAUCAUCCUGGUUGUGUAUCACCGCAGAAACCGAGGCGGCGUUGUGCGCAGUCAGAUCAGAACCAGCAAACCGCCACGCCUAAUCUCCCAGUCGGCCUCAAAUAUGGCCAAUGGUUACUCCAUUCUCACUCACCCAGCACCGGAUACGCCCACCCAGAAGCAGCAGGCUGAUCUGCUCUCUCUCCGAUCCAACUGCUGCACUUUCAAUGAGGGCAGCAAUGGCUUCGCCUCC